AAUUGUUGUGCUUCUUCAAUUAUUAUACCACCACCCAGCGAAGCUAGCCUAGUGAUGGGAAGGCAACCUUGCUGCGACAAGCUUGGCGUGAAGAAAGGGCCAUGGACUGCCGAGGAGGACAAGAAGCUAGUCACCUUCAUCCUCACCAAUGGCCACUGCUGCUGGCGUGCCCUCCCCAAGCUCGCUGGCCUGCGCCGCUGCGGCAAGAGUUGCCGCCUCCGCUGGACUAACUACCUCCGCCCUGAUUUGAAGCGGGGACUCCUUAAUGAGGCUGAAGAACAGCUGGUCAUCGAUCUCCAUGCCCGCCUUGGCAAUAGGUGGUCCAAGAUUGCUGCUAGGUUGCCUGGAAGAACAGACAACGAGAUAAAGAAUCACUGGAAUACCCACAUCAAGAAGAAGCUUAUCAAAAUGGGAAUUGAUCCAGUCACUCAUGAACCUCUUCACGAACAUGUUACACCCCCAGAAAUGCCGACCCUGGUUGACACUGAACACCAGGAACUCAGCAAAACUAACGACAAUCUCAUCACCUCUGAUGCCAAUUCAAGCUCAACCCUCGAAAACAACUCCACCGACGAGCACCGGCCAUUAGGCCCUGCAAGUGAAGACGACCCAUUGAUGAUGAGCUACAUAUGGUCUGACGAAUUUCUCAGCAAUGUGCCAUGGAGUUUUCUGGCCCAGGGAGAAGAAUGCAGCGAGUUGGGAUUCUCGUCCACGACCCCCUCAGAAGACGGCUCGUCAUGGUGGCUGGAUUACGAGGAUUUCAUGAAUGAAGAUUUCGGGUUCAAUUGUUUGAAUGAAGUGAAGAUGGAAACGUUGGAAAAUGAUGACAAGCUCUAAGCUAAGUUGUAUAAUGAAGCCAUGGUAGCAGGCAGCAGGCAGCAGCAAGGCAUGGGCUUGAGGAGGAGUGGGGACUCAAAGGGAAUAUUUCCAAGUGUUGGUUUUAAAUUCAACUGUUUCAAUCACUACAAUCAGAAAGCUUUUACAAUAACUUCAAGCUUAUCCGAUAUGGGACAGCUAGCUGAUUGUUAUAAUAGUAGAAUUGAAAAAAAGAAAGAAUCAUGUUAUCAAGUAGCUCACCCCACUCUUAGGAGAUGUGUGGUUGAAGCUCUAAAAAGUUAAAUGUAGAUGAAAAGUGGACCAUAAUAUGUGGUCUUGUUUAAUAAUCAUAUAAAAUGGCUCAUGAAUAAAGGGAAGAUUCCAAAAUUAGUGUCA